GCUAAGUUUUGAGUAAACAAAAAAUCAGAAAGGCAAAUUCUUCCAUUCCAGAGACCUUCUUCCUCAAUACCAAAAGGGGUAUAAAAAGGAAGAGGCACUGCCCAAAUAUGCAGACACCCGUUGCCUGUUUUUACAUUAAAUCGCUUCUGAUUCUGUGUUUGAUUGUCAAUCUGAGUUGUUUGAUCGAAAUGGCUGAAUCUGUAGAUUCAUCAAAGUCGUCGUCGCUUUCGUCUUCACCGUCGGCGGCGGCCGUCCACAUCGUUUACACCGAGAAGCCUCAGGAUGAGCAGCCUGAAGCCUACCACAUCCGAACCCUCGCCUCCGUCCUCGGCAGCGAGGGGGCCGCUAAGGAGGCGCUUAUUUACAGUUACAAGACGGCUGCCAGCGGUUUCUCCGCCAAGCUUACUCCCGAACAGGUCGCAGAAAUCUCGAAGCAACCCGGCGUUCUUCAGGUUGUCCCGAGCAGGACUCUCCAGCUGCAUUCUACACCAGGGCAGCUGCACUAGGGCACAAGAAACUCUCUUUUACCCUAGUAAUCAACAAAUCUACUAAACUAUGGUCUCUUUGUAUAAAGCAGUAUGACCUGUUCCCUGCACUAAGUGUUAUUGGUGUGUGCUUUACUCUAAUAAUAAUUCAAUCUGCAGUAUGAUUGGUUUUAUAUUUCAAUCUAUCCAACAUUGGUCU